AUUAAGAUGAACGUUUUGUCAUAGAAUCACGACAAAUUCCAUGCCUUUCMCAAAUCAACAAGGAUCGAAUAGCAUCARCCCACUUCAUCACAAUACAUCCGUUGUAAUCUUUUGAACAAWKWGUGCGUUGAGAAAGACAAAAAGCAAAUCGAUCAACGAACUUCAUACAGCAAUUCACAGUAGAUCACAAAGAAUYGACAUACGGGGCUUCAUCCAGGAAUUUCGUCUACCAUGUCCGUGCACAAAGUACUUCUGUUGUUAAUCGGUACCAUAAUACACAAUGGAUCCAUUGAUGCAUAUGUUACGUCUCCGGCGCUAUCACUUUUAGUGAAGGGAAGGGGUCUAGAAGAUURUGCAAUGUCRAAUCGAGUGCCUCGAAGUAAUAAUCUUGUACGGUUGUUUUCCGGUGAUCACGCUAGCUCGGACGACAGUUCUUCUUCCAGCAACUCCAUCAACAAUCCACUCGACGAAAAWUCUGCACCUCCCUCCUCACCUUUAUUUGCGGAACCUGACGCCCCCACCACAGUGGCACAAAAAGCAAGAUUCGGGGACGUCACGCCGAUUUCGUCGAGAACGAGUAGCAGCCCGGCCYCUGCACAAUUUGGGGACGUCGUGUCGAUUCGGAAACGAAGCCCAGAAGCCCCGCAAGCAACCUCGGUAACAACAGCUACAACGAUGAAAAAUACCGGACAAGCCGCUCUUUCCGACAAGGAACUCCUGAGGCAGCGACGAAUGCGAAACAUCGGGGUUGCAAUCCUGUCCAUUUUCCUGGCCGUUGGGAAUUAUGCCUACCAAUGGACUCACCCCGUCACGCCCAUUCAGCUYCUGGUGAACAUGGARCGGACUAGUGCCCCCCUUUCUGAUAUUGGAAAAAAUUCCAAGCCGACUGUCAUUGAUUUCUGGGCACCCUGGUGAGUACAGUGCGGUUGGUUGUGGAUUAAUUUUUCUGUGGUGUGAUCAAAGAGUUGCGUCUUGUGAAAAUUGGCCAGAUCGUCUCAACUAUUACUUGUAUUGUGAUUGYCAUUAAWCCAAAAAAUGCCUUGCUAAUGAUUGAAUACUGCUGCCAAAACKWAWUAGGUGCGAAAAYUGCCGUUACAUGGCACCGACGCUUCUCCAAGUAGAAGAAUCAUACAAGGACAAGGUUAAUUUUGURAUGGUCAAUGGCGACGAUCCGAACAAUUGGCMACUAAUUGAAGCCUUAGGUGUUGAUGCGAUUCCCCACUUGGCCAUGGUGGAAUCGGAUGGAACUGUCGACACGGCGUUGAUCGGGACGGUUCCAAAGGAAUGGCUUUCCAGAGACAUCGACGUUUUAUUAGCCAACGCUAAGACUAAGCCACAGGAGUGCGACGCCCUGGAGAAGAACCUUGUGGAUAUGGCCACCGCUUCAGACGCAGAGAAAUUGUGCGGGAAACAAAAACUCCCCUAUCAAAUGCUGGACGUCUUCGCGAAUCGCAAUCCAGAGGAUCGUAAACUUGUCAAUUUGGAUGCAAUUGUGGGAUCGGCGAGAAGGUAACGGAUCAACUUCACAUCUAGGACUGGAUGAGAGGUCAAAGGGGGAUGGGUUGUAAGUUGAUUUUGUUUCCUSUGAAUACCACACGGAAAUUUUGGUKGAACRAACGAUACCCAAUGAUACUUGACUUAUUUGUUACACAAUCGCAACAGGACAGCCGAAUGAGUUGGGUACGACUAUCCAUGRCUCGGCUUGAUGCACCAGWAGCAAUCGCUAAAGAUGGUUUCUUCUCUCCUUCACCAACACAAAUUAGGCUCCGCAACUCCCUGUACGGCAGUUUGAGUCGAGCCACUUUGGUCCCCUUGUCUCGCUCUGUUACGACCAGUACGCCGCAAUGAAGCACUACCGUUUGCAAUUGAUACGAUGCGAAACAGAUGGAUAUGAAACCCGUUCACCCAUAAGAUGUAUCGCCUCAGCUAACAAGCUUAACUCACAUUCAAGAAAGUGGUUUAUCACUU